AUGCCGUCCACUCUGCAAGGCCAACCAUUAGAGCUGGAUGCAGUCAUUGCCGGGGCAGGGUUCUCCGGGAUCUACAUUCUUCAUCGUCUCAGGGAUGAAUUAAAAUUAAACGUCAAAAUCCUCGAAGCUGGCCCCGAUAUAGGUGGGACAUGGUAUUGGAACACCUACCCCGGGGCUCGCGUGGAUUGUCCCGCCCCGGUAUAUGCAUUUGGGAUAGAAGAAGUCUGGAAGAACUGGACUUGGUCAGAGUUGUACCCAGAGCAGAAAGAGUUGGGCGCUUAUUUCCGCCACGUCGACGACGUGCUUUCGGUGAGGAAGGACUGCAUUUUCAACGCGCGGAUCACUGCGGGCCAUUUCAAUCCUAUCGAUGGAAAGUGGACGGUGCAGACCGAAAACGGCAUCACGGUCGUUGCAAAGUACUUUGUUCCGGCAAUCGGCUUCACAGCCCAGCAGUACGUACCCGAUUGGAAAGGCUUAGAGGAUUUCCAGGGCACCAUUCACCAUACCUCGACCUGGCCGCAGGAGCCUGUCGAUGUUCGAGGCAAGCGCGUCGCGGUCAUCGGCACCGGAUCGACGGGACUACAGAUUACCCAGGAAUGGGCCAAGGACGCUGCUGAGACCUUUGUCUUCCAGCGAACCCCGAAUCUCGCCCUGCCUAUGUGCCAGCAGAAGCUGGACGAACAUAGCCAAAGGCAGAUGCGAGAUGAGACGGCCGAUCUCUUCGACCGUUCCAGGAAGACCUCGGGCGGUUUGCCAUAUGAAUCGCCGGCAAGGAAAUUCGCUGAGUUCUCCCCGGAUGAGAUUGCCAAAAUCUUGGAAGGGCUUUAUGAGAGCGGAGGCUUUCGAUAUUGGGCAGGAGGGUACAUCGACCUUCUUCUGAACCCCGAGGGAAACCGCGCGGCGUAUGACUACUGGGCCAAGCGAACCCGCGAGCGCAUCCACGACCCGGUCAAACGCGACUUGUUGGCACCUCUAGAGCCACCCCAUCCAUUUGGUACUAAGCGUCCCUCGCUGGAACAGGACUACUACGAGCAGUUCAAUAAGCCUAAUGUCCACCUCGUCAACACAAAGGCGUAUCCAAUCGUGCAGCUAACACCGCAAGGUAUCAUGACCGACGAUGGCAAUAUAUACGAGGUGGACAUUAUCGCUCUUGCAACAGGCUUUGACGCGACGACCGGCGGUCUAGCCAAAAUGGGCAUCCGAGACGUGAAUGGCGUGGAACUGGGUGAGCGCUGGCGAGACGGGGUCUUGAGCUUCCAGGGCCUUAUGGUGCCAGGCUUUCCUAACAUGUUCCUACCGUACUCUAUCCAUGCUCCGACCCCAUUCUCGAACGGCCCGGUGGGAAUUGAGUUCCAAGCAGACUUCAUUCGGGAUAUUAUAAAGAAGAUAGAGGGAGAGAAAAUCAAAUUUAUCGACCCGCGUCCCGAAGCGGCUCAAGCAUGGAAGACUGAGAUGGAAUUCAUCGCCAAUAUGACGCUAUUUCCGAAGACGAAGUCGUGGUACAUGGGGGCUAAUAUCCCAGGCAAAAAGGCAGAGUUACUCUACUAUUUUGGUGGAAUACCGCGCUAUCGAGAGAGGUGUGUAGAGGCUUUUAAUGUGUUCUCGGAGACUUUUAUACUAUGCUAG